AUGCAAGAUGACUAUCGCGCGAGGGACUCCUCCCCAGUCGCAUCGAAUCUACCCUCUGUGCUCCCUUCUUCGAACUUUACUCCUGUCCCCGAGCAACUCGCCUACGCGCCCACUCUAAAUAGCCUGUCACCGGAGAACGAACUUAUCCUACCUUCUUACGACACAGAAUCCCUCCACAAUGCCAAAGAACCAGAGGAUGUGAGUGACGCGUCGACAGAAUCACACCCUUCGUGGACGUUACAGGCUCCAUCGGCAGAUGAUACCUUAAUUGAGGAUGAGCCAUCAAGGCAUGUGGACUACCUUUCACAUGACUGGAAGGAGGAGGAUAUCUGGUCCUCCUGGCGUUAUGUGACGAGUCGAAGGAACGAUUAUAACGAUAUCGCCGGAAAGCCUCAAUUGGCUGAAGGACUGCGAUGUCACCUGGCUCUACGGGCCAUUAAAAAGUUCCGUCGAACGUGCAACCUCUCCAUCCCCCCUCCAAGUCGUUUGGAGACACCAAACUCUUAUCUAGACCGAAAGCCAAUCCUGAAGAAGAAGACCGCGUCCGAGGCCAUCCUCCAGCGGUCACUAUCUCAACAUACGUUACUCCAACAUGCCGGGGCCAUUCUCAAGGCGCAAGAAGCUGAGAGCAACUGGGCUCGGCCCCCUUUCCCAAGGUCCAACACGGACUUGGACCACUUGCAUCACCGGACUGGAAGCUCCACCUACUCUCUCGGUGGCACUCUCACUACCUCAUCAUCAUCUGGAAUGACGUCUCCAAGCGAACGGCGCCAUAUCCACUUCAACAAUGAAGUCGUACAAUGCAUCGCGGUUGAAGCCAAGGGCUACGAGGACGAUUGGCCGGCCACCUUUGAAGACGAGUCAUCUUCCGACGGCGGCGUAGUCCUAAUGAGACAAAUCUCCAGCCGGUCGUCCCUGAGCAACCGCAGCACUACACGCAACAGCUUCAGCGGCGAUGGGAAGACCAUCGCCCCUCUCCCCUCAACCACGCUCAAGUAUCGCGGGGAUGCCCCCGAGCCCCAUGCUCAGACGAUCUUUGACCGAUGGUCCACCACCCCCACCCGGACGUUAUCACCAACUCCCUCUGUGGAGACCCUGCGUCCAUCACGGCCAUCAGAGCCCUCGGCCAACUUCCUUUUGGAUGAGUGUGAAGAUCCCAGCCUGGACUUCACGGGCAAUUACCCUGAUCGUGAUCGUGCAUGGUUCAUCGAAGAUGAUCCAGCAUCAGAUCGCCCGCUCCGAUUGACUGCUUCGGGCAUGAUCAUGCCGGAAGGCGAAACCGAGACCCCCAGCAGUAGUAUCUUGGACCGGGUUGUGGACACGGUGAACACAGCUCGAGACAUUGCCCAUGUGAUUUGGAAUGUGGGCUGGCGCCGCUAA